CGAUGUAGGCGCGUCGAAAUGUAAGAAGGUGCAAAAAAUCGCGCCGCGUCGCGCGGCGCGAUCAUUCGCGCGGCAGCUGUCGGUCCCGUUCGCGCGAUCAGUAAGUACGCUCGCGUUGAGAGCGACGGGCAGAUCACGCGCGCUGCAAAACUGCAAAACCGCGAUAUCGCUUUAUUUGCGACACAUAAUGGACCCGAUAGUCGUUGUCUCGCUGUGGGUCAUCCAGGGGCGGAUACGCGUCCCCGACUGAAUUUCUUUUCUUAUCUGCAGUUCGCCUGGAAAUUAACAACGCGAACGCGAGCAAUGCGAGCGACGCGAUAAAGCCUCCUCUUGACUUUUUAUGUCGCAAAUAAUUGACGUGACACGUGCCGCUUUCUGUGCGAAUAAGCUGGAAACUUUCCGAAACAACAAAUCUCUUUGGAUUUACCUCUAUGUUUAUAAUCGUGCAAAGAAAGUGCCUCUGCCGAUCGACGAAAAUGAAAGCCGUUGUGACGAUUUCCUGAAUUACUAUCGAAGUGGAAAUGGUUGUACCACCUGACGGAGGAUGGGGCUGGGUGAUUGUUGCAGCCUCCUUUAUGUGCAACUUCUUCGUCGACGGUAUCAUUUUCAGCUUCGGUGUGUUUCUCAACGACAUCGCAGAUGCGUUCUCUGUAUCAAAAGCGAGUGUCGCAUUCGUUAAUUCGUUACAGAGCGGAUUUUAUCUAAUGGCUGGUCCCUUCGUAUCCGCCCUCGCCAAUCGAUAUGGCUUUAGACUGGUGGCGAUAUUAGGAAGUGUGAUAAGCUGUAGCGCCUUCGUCCUCGCGUACUUCAGCACUUCCAUCGAAUUCCUUUACAUUUCUUAUGGUGCCAUCGGUGGCAUUGGAGCAGGUCUAAUAUACGUGCCGGCCGUGAUAACUACUGGUUUUUAUUUUGAAAAAUGGCGAGCCUUAGCCACAGGUAUCGCAGUAUGUGGCUCCGGUAUCGGUGCAUUUUUGCUCGCACCGCUUUCGAAUAUACUCGUGAAAACUUUCGGCUGGAGAGGAGCUUUGCUGUGUCAAGCAGGAAUGCUGUUACAUUGUGCCAUAUUCGGCGCGAUGUUCCGUCCCUUGAAACCAACGAGGAUUAAAGUAAAGAACACUCCGGAAAACGCGGCGCUCGAGGUGAAAACCACGUUGAUGGGAAAAGGUGUGUCAACGACCUCGUUGCACUGUAUGCAACCGAAUAGAAGUGGUUUCUUCGGCACGAAUAAUAAUACGGAAUACCCGACGGCGGCGGAACUCCUCGGCAGCAGCCCUAACAUAGUAAACACAUCCAAGUCCCUGCACUCGUUGCACAAGGUGCACGAGGAGACUCAGACCUUGGAGAGAAAGGUGAGCAUUUCGGAGAAACGGUUAUCCGCGCCGAUAUAUCCCGCCGAUGCCCCCGACUUGGACGUUAUGACUAACGAGGAGGAGAAGAUCGCCGAGGAGAAUAAUCUGCUCAGCGGCGAUUUGGAGCGAUUGAAUGGGAAAGUACCGACGAUACGUCGACAUACGAUUAGUGGCAGGCGUCUCCGAACGGGUUCGGAAUGCAGCCAAAAAUCUCUUCGAAUGGACAGACGUAAUUCGAAAGAUACGCAGAGACCGUUCUACAGAGACGAUAUUUUUUAUGGCGGCUCUUUGUACAGACUUCCUCAUUAUAGGUCUCAGCAAUCGUCGGUUGGUUAUCACAUGUCAGUGACGCGAUUGCCAACGGCAAAGGAUGUGGCGGAGGAAGAGAGCGGAAGUUUCUACCUGUGUCCGGAAAGUGUGCGACGCAUUCUGACCACAAUGCUCGAUUUGAGCCUACUAAAAAGUCCGUCCUUUCUAAUAUUAGCGAUCUCCGGUGGGCUCACUAUGAUGGGCUUUUAUACGCCCUUUCUGUAUGUAACAGAUCGUGCAAUAAAGGCUGACAUUGACGCUUCAACGGCAAUGUUCCUCGUUUCGGUGAUCGGUAUCGGUAACACCAUCGGUCGUAUCGUUUGCGGAUUAGCAAGCAGUUUGCCAGGAGUUAACGCUCUGGUCGUGAACAAUAUAUUUAUCAGUGUCGGUGGUUUAGUGACUAUAUUCUCCGGCCUUUCUCUAUCCGAGGGAUAUCAAUUCUUCUAUGCAGCCAGCUUUGGCCUCAGCAUAUCUGUCUUCGCGUCCCUCAGAUCGAUCCUAGUUGUGGAUCUGCUGGGCUUAGAGAAACUGACAAAUGCUUUUGGGCUGCUUCUUUUGUUCCAAGGUGUGGCGGCGACUGUGGGCGCGCCUCUCGCAGGCGCGUUCAUGGAUGCAACCGGGAGUUACGACGCCUCGUUCUACCUGUCCGGCAGCCUGAUUCUCAUGUCGGCUGUGAUCUGCUAUCCGCUCGAGAGGAUCAACACGUGGGAGAGGCGCAACGAGAAGAAACCGACCGCGAUCGAGCCUUCCGCAUCCUGAUUGAAGGCCUCACAAAACUGUGUCUCAUUACUCCUCAUACCCCGCGUACGCGCGCGCGCGCGCGCUCGUUCGUGCUACAUACGAUACGCGUUGUACAUAUUAAUGCAUAAUAAUUUAUAAAAAACGUGCGCUCGAGCCGAGAAUGUAAUUAUACCGCAUGCCUCCGCGCGGUAAACGGGAAAUGAUCGAUUUCGUACGUGCAAUCGACAGAACGAUCGAUCGCGUUCGCUCGUGCUCAAGCUGUACAGUUUUAAAAGCAAAAAUCUGAUCAUGCUUGGAAAAAAUUCUCAUCUUACGAGAUGUGUAUAACGCAAGAGAAAAAUGCUUUCCGCACACUUGUGAUCUGCCUGAAGCUCAAAGACUUGAUUGUUUUUUUUUUUUUUUUUUUUUUUUGACAGAUUUAUUUCACGAAGUGUAAACGACGACGCCUUAAAUUUCUAAAUUGCGAUACCGCAAAAAUUUAUUAAUGAUAAAAAUAAUAGCAAACAUUAUUUAA